AUGGAGAUGGUGAGACAAAUAGUAAGCACGCCAGCCUUCCAGCGCAUGAGAGCCCAGGCCGGCACCCCUGUGGCCAUUGAGGAGGAAUUCUCUCUCCUCACCUGCAGCAUCAUCUGUCACCUCACCUUUGGAGACAAGAUCAAGGAGGACAACUUAGUGCCUGCCUAUUACAAAUGUAUCCAGGAGGUGUUAAAAACCUGGAGCCACUGGUCCAUCCAAAUUGUGGACGUGAUUCCCUUUCUCAGGUUCUUCCCCAAUCCAGGUCUCCGGAGACUGAAGCAGGCCAUUGAGAAGAGGGACCACAUCGUGGAGAAGCAGCUGAGGCAGCACAAGGAGAGCUUGGUGGCAGGCCAGUGGAGGGACAUGAUGGACUACAUGCUCCAGGUGGUGGCGCAGCCGAGCAUGGAGGAGGGCUCUGGACAGCUCCUGGAAGGUCACGUGCACAUGGCUGCAGUGGACCUCCUCAUCGGUGGCACUGAGACCACCGCAAACACUCUCUCCUGGGCUGUGGUUUUUUUACUUCACCACCCUGAGAUUCAGCAGCGACUGCAGGAGGAGCUAGACCACCAACUGGGCCCCGGUGCCUCCAGCUCCCGGGUCCCCUACAAGGACCGUGCACAGCUGCCCUUGCUCAAUGCCACCAUUGCCGAGGUGCUGCGCCUGCGGCCCGUUGUGCCCCUGGCCCUGCCCCACCGCACCACACGGCCCAGCAGCAUCUCCGGCUAUGACAUCCCUGAGGGCACAGUCAUCAUCCCGAACCUCCAAGGCGCCCACCUGGAUGAGAUGGUCUGGGAGAGGCCACAUGAGUUCUGGCCUGGUAUGUGGGGGGCCAGGGGCCUGCUGUGA